UUACUCGAUUUGCACACGCCAGCGUUUUGCAGGCACCGCGGAUACUUUUGCAUUCUAGUGCGAACCGAGAUGAUUUUGAACUUGACAGCUCGUCUCGCUCGGCCACACACAAACACAUAAAGGCCAGCUAGGAGCCUGACAAGAUAAAAUUGGGCAGAUGUUGUGUAGAAACUGUUGCUAACUGUUAUGUAGUGCAUGCUGAAUACGAUGCGGUUCUUAACAAAUUAGUUUAACCCGUCUGUUAGGUACAUAUUUGUUUAAGGAAAUCAUUUUCUGUUUUAGCGUACUGUUUUCUUUUUCGAAAAAUGUCAAGAUAACGAAAGGUAUUUAUGCACGUCGAGGUUGAAAGUUAAUUCUACUGGUUUUGAUUUGCACUGUAAUUGAUUCUGCACGCAGCGAUUAAAUGAUUUAUCUGUAAAUGCAUAAACUGGAAGAGCAAGCACACGUUUAUAUAACCUUUGGAGGGAACGGAGCAGUCGGACGUUGAUUGGCUUGUUUCGCGAAGUGGGCGGGAUUUGGAUCGAUCAUCGCGACUGCUGAUAGGCAAAUCAGCUUUGAUGAUGAACACUGAAAGGAGGCGAUUUAAAUGUGUGGAAAACAGUGACAUGAAACAGUUCAGAUGACAGGGCGUGAAGUUUUCCAACUAAGCAGCUGAACAGUACACAAGGAGAGAUUCGGGUGGGACCAAGUCAUCAGGCCAAACUUCCUGAAUUACAGCCCCCACCUGCCCUGAGAUCAGAGUUUGUGACAGAAAAUGAAGAGCUGGUGUGGGCACCUGGGGUCAAUGACUGUGACCUCCUCAUGUACUUGCGGGCUGCCAGGAGCAUGGCAGCUUUUGCAGGAAUGUGUGAUGGAGGUUCAACAGAGGAUGGUUGCCUUGCGGCUUCACGGGAUGAUACCACCUUGAAUGCUUUAAAUACGCUCCAUGAAAGUCAGUAUGAUGCUGCAAAAGCCCUGCAGUGUCUGGUGAAGAAACCAGUUCCAAAACUCAUUGAGAAAUGCUGGUCAGAAGAUGAAGUGAAACGGUUUAUUAAAGGCCUCAGACAGUACGGCAAAAACUUCUUUAAGAUCCGCAAGGAGCUACUACCCAGUAAGAAGACUGGUGAGCUGAUCACAUUCUACUACUACUGGAAGAAAACUCCUGAGGCUGUGGGGUCACGACCUCAUAGGCAGCAGAGAAGGCAGCCAGUGUCUCGCAAAGUCAAAACUCGCAAUGCAACAGCUGUGACCAAUGCAACAUCACGCACUUCCUCGUUGGAGCCUAGUUCAGCCAGUGAAGAUGAUCUGGACAGUGAAGAUAGUGAGCUGGGGGGCAAAGGUCAAGCCUGCAGUCACUGUCUAAUCACUAACUCCAAGGAUUGGCAUCGUGGAGGGCGAGACAAUCUCUUGCUGUGCUCUAGUUGCUAUUCUCACUUCAACAAGCACAGACGCCUGCCGCCUGUUCCCAAACCAGCUGAUCCGCCCUACCUCUUCAAACCUGUCAAAGAUGAGGAAGAGGGGCUCGCAGUCAGACAUGGGAUGAAGACUCGUCGAAGCCGUGUGCCGCCACAUAUGUCAUCUCUUCGAAGUGGGCGAAACAGGCCAACUGGAAGCCCUGACUCAGGCAUGUCUCCCACCCCUGAAGAUGCGCGAUCUAAUGGACAGUCCCCCAGAGGCAGUUCUACUGCUGUGGCAACCAGGGCUUCCAUCUCUGAUAGCAAGAAUGGAGUUGCUGGGAAGACCAACAAGAAGAUUAAAGUCGAGGUAUCCGUUGUAAAGGGUGUGAAGAGAGAGAGAGAGGCCGCUGCUCCAGAUGCUGAUGAGCCAGAAAGGAAAAACAUGAAACGACCCAAGAGUCAGCAGGGUCCCGACUCCCCAUCAGAAGGCGAGGGUGAAGGUGAGAGCUCGGAUAGCCGCAGUGCCAAUGACGACGGCAGCAGCGACACUAAAGACAUCGAUCAAGACAACCGCAGCUCUUCCCCCAGCCUGGCCAGUCCCCUGCAGGCCAAUGAGAGUGAUUCAGACUCCCCAGCACCGCCCCCUCCACCUGGUACCACACCCCAACCCCUGCCCCAGCAGACUACUCCUACCCCAACAACAGAUACCCCUUCUCAAACACCACCACCUCCACCACCUCAGCCCUCUGUGCCUGCAUCCUCAUCUGCACCCUCUCCUGGAGCUUCUACUACCCCCUCAAAGCCAGCAUCUUCUGUGGAUCUUUCUCAGGAGGUUCCAUCUCCAAGCGCUUUCAGAAGUGGUCCCAAAGGCCUUGAAGCUCCCACCUCUUAUUCUAGCUCUUCAUCUCAGCAGGUGCAGGGUCAGGGGCAGUCUCUCUCUGCACUGUCCCAUCAUAAGCACCUUCCAGGCCAAAUGCAGAAUCCUUCAACUGGGGCCAAUCAGCCACCAGGGUUUACUCCCAGGGCGCUACACAUUCAAAGAGAGAGUUCAGUCCCUCCUCUUCCCCCUGCAGCAGCAUCCCAAAUCAAGCCACCUCCAACUACUCCAAUUCCACCCUCUCUCAAGCAGCCCUCUCACCUUCCUGCUCCUCCACCUCAUUUUCUCCAGAUCCACCCCAAUCUGCCGCCACCUCCUGCUUUGAAACCUCUCACUUCUUUGCCCUCACAGCACUUGCCUUGCUCCCAGCCUCCUCCAUUGCAUGUGAUUCCACAAAAUCACUCCUCUCAGCCAUCCCCUCUGACACAGUCACAGAGCCAGCAGGUUAAAGUUCACCCAAGUGGUGCCCCUCCGGUUGCAGCUAGUUCUCACCCACCUCUACCACAAAAUCGGCCCAACCCUGAGUCCACUGUUCCAUUCUCUGUUUACUCCUCUUCAGUUCCUGUCCCUGCUCAUCAACCCUCCAUGUCCUCUUCAGAAAGCACUCCUGUUGGACAGGCUCAUAUCAAAGAAGAGCCAAUUGAUGAAGAGGAGUGUGAUAGCCCGCCGCCUCCUCGCAGGAGUCCUUCUCCAGAACCGACAGUCGUUGAAAUACCAAUCCAUGCAAGCCAGUCAGCAAGAUUCAUCAAACACCUCAACCGAGGCUACAACUCCUGCGCUCGCACAGACCUGUACUUCACUCCUUUGGCCUCCUCAAAACUGGCCAAAAAACGAGAGGAAGCUACUGAAAGAUCCAGGAGAGAGACAGAGCUGAGUGCUCGACAAGGGCGGGAAAGGGAAAGGGAAAGAGAAAGGGAGCGAGAGCGUGAGAGGGAGAGAGAUAGACAGCGAGAGAGGGACUCUGAUAAAGCUUCUCGUGCUUCAAUCUCAUCACAUGAUGGUCGCAUUAGCGAUCACCUGCUUGCUGCCCAUGUGCAACCAGGUCGCCUAUCAUUUGAACCCCCUCCCCCCACAACCGUGGCAGCUGUUCCACCAUAUCUUGGCCCUGACACCCCAGCCCUCCGCACGCUCAGCGAGUACGCCCGCCCCCAUGUCAUGUCGCCCUCCAAUCGCAACCAUCCUUUCUUUAUGCAUCUUGGGCCAGGUGAGCACCUGCUAGCCUAUCACAUGCCAGGUCUUUACGCAGCAGACCCCGCCCUCCGGGAGCGAGAGCUUCGUGAGCUGAGAGAGAGAGAGAUCAGAGAAAGAAUGAAGCCUGGAUUUGAGGUCAAGCCUCCAGAGCUGGAGAACCCACUCCAUCCAUCAGCUAAUCCUAUGGAGCAUUUUGCUCGCCACGGAGCCCUGCCUCAUGUGCAUGGGCCACACCCCUUCGCCCAGUUCCACCCAGCCAUGGAGCGUAAUGUAGCAGCACCCCCCCGGCCGGAGAUAACCUAUGCUGAACGGCUGACAGCUGAGCGACUCCAUGCUGAAAGAAUGGCCUCUGUUGCCGCCGGUGACCCUGUUGCACGGUUACAGAUGCUCAAUGUUACGCCACACCAUCACCAGCACUCACACAUACACUCCCACCUUCAUCUGCACCAACAGGAUCUGCUCAACCAAGGCUCAGGUCCUCAUCCUCUGGACCCAUUAGCUGCUGGCCCCCCUCUGGCUCGAUUCCCUUACCCACCUGGUGCCAUUGCCAACCCUCUACUGAGUGAGUUACCCCAUGAGCACGAAAUGCUGCGCCACCCUCUGUUUGGGGCACCAUUCCCCAGGGACUUACCGGGACCCCUGGCUCCCAUGUCAGCUGCACAUCAGUUGCAAGCGAUGCAGGUGCAGUCAGCAGAGCUGCAGAGGCUGGCACUGGAACAGCAGUGGCUACAUGGACAUGCACACUUGCAUAGUGCUCCUCUACCAAGCCAAGAAGACUAUUACAGUCGUCUGAAGAAAGAGGGAGACAAGCAGUCCUAAAAUGAAUGACACCUACACUAUUGACUACAGAGUGGAUUCUGUUUUCAGGGUAUCAGACCUUUUAUUUCAGAAGUCCCUGCAUGGGUUCAUCCCUUUUUCUGCACUUAUUGACUCC